AAUGAGAGAGAGUGAUAUUAAUAUGUUGGUCAACCUUUAUGCCUAAAACGAUUGUGUGUGCGUGUGUGUUUCAAAAAACACCCUGGCUGGUGCUUUUAAAAUAUGAGAAAAUUUCCUUUGGGUACUAAAAUAGCGUGAUUUACUUGCAUAUAUGUUUUACCAUUACCAUCAGGAUACUGGAAUCAUGUGUGUUUAAACUAAUUCAUUUUCAGUGUUAAAACAUUUUAGUUGUGAUAUUGAUUGUGUGUUGCUUUUAUGACCCUUAUGAAAAACUGGCCAACUAGUGUCUGAUAUGUUUAGUCCUCCGUUUAUAACGUUCUUUCAUUUCCCUUUUGUGGCUAAUGUAGUCUAAUGGCCUCACCCUAGGUUUUGCAAUUGAAUCUAGUCAGCAAACACAAACUCGUGCAAUCACUGUGUGUGGCUUUUUACCAUGAUCUGCAAAACUCAGCUUUCAUUUCCUGUUUCAAUUAUUUUUCUACAGGUUUUUAUAACGGUGUUAGCAUAGAAAAGGAACAGAGGAUGAAGUGCUACAACUGAACUUCACGUCAUAACGUUAUUUUAAACAAAUAAUUAUUAUGACCACUAGAUGGUAGUAUGCAGGCAUAGUAAGUAGGUGUAAUCGUUAAUGUAACGAGCUGUCGUUCUGUAAGCAAAAGCUGAUGAUAAUAAACAUCGAAAUCCUGCUUGCACAUUUAUUCAUGUGAGGUCAACUGAAAAGAAACUCUUACGUCAAUAAGAUUUUCGUAUUGUUAAAAAAAAUCUAAAUGAGCUUUGGACUCGUGAGGAACAAUAGUGAAACAUAACAGAAAAAUGUGAUCCUUAACAUAAAUUCAUCAAGUGUACAAUGUUUAUUAGAAUUAUAAAUCCGGCUGUACCCCCAGAUAAUUGAGAAAGUAAAAUAAUAGAAAUUUCUCUGAAAUUCUAACACAUAAAUGAGAGUAUAAAUCACAUACGAUUAAAGUAAAUGAGACCACUUGAUUCAGACUUUUAUUUUGAAGCGCCGUGCGUCUAGUGGGUAUCUUGGGUACUUUUCACGUUGUUGCAUGUGAUUCAGCAACGUUCAACCAGUCGAAGAGCUCUAAUAAAAACAUUAAAACUGGAAGUGUCUGGUGUUAAACUCACAAUGUGCCUGUGGUCCUGUUGUUAGGAAGGGCUCAGCAGUGCCUGGGUGCCCAGGGAGCCACUGCCUGAGUCCCAAGAGGUAGAUACCAAAAAACGACAGGACAUGAGUGCUGCCAAAGGAGGCCUGGUCAUCUUCACAGCCAACUCCAACCCCUCCAGCAGAGAGCUAGGGAAGAGGAUAGCUGAAAGGUUGGGAGUUGAACUUGGGAAGGUGCAGGUCUAUCAGGAAGCUAACAGAGAAACACGGGUCCAAAUUGAAGAGUCUGUGCGGGGUAAAGAUGUCUUCAUCAUCCAGACUGUGUCCAAGGAUGUUAACACCACCAUCAUGGAGCUGCUCAUCAUGGUGUACGCCUGCCGGACUUCCUGUGCACGGAACAUCAUCGGUGUCCUUCCCUAUUUCCCCUACAGCAAACAGUGCAAAAUGAGAAAGAGAGGCUCCAUCGUCUCGAAGCUUCUUGCCUCCAUGAUGUGUAAAGCAGGUCUGACUCAUCUCAUUACUAUGGAUUUGCAUCAAAAGGAAAUCCAGGGUUUCUUCAACAUUCCAGUUGACAAUCUUCGGGCCUCGCCAUUCCUGCUACAGUACAUCCAGGAAGAAAUUCCUGACUACAGAAAUGCUGUAAUUGUGGCCAAAUCUCCUGCAUCAGCCAAAAGGGCCCAAUCAUUCGCUGAAAGAUUACGUCUGGGCAUCGCUGUUAUCCACGGUGAAGCCCAGGCUGCCGAAUCGGACCUAGUGGAUGGACGCCAUUCCCCACCCACUGUCAAAAACAUGGGGGCCAUUCAUCCAAGCCUAGAGAUACCUUUGCUAAUUCCCAAAGAAAAACCUCCAAUCACUGUGGUGGGUGAUGUGGGUGGACGAAUCGCCAUCAUAGUGGAUGACAUCAUCGAUGAUGUGGAUAGCUUUCUAGCAGCAGCUGAAACACUGAAAGAAAGAGGUGCCUACAAGAUCUUCGUCAUGGCCACCCAUGGAAUCCUGUCUUCUGAUGCACCUCGACUAAUAGAGGAGUCGGCCAUUGAUGAGGUAGUCGUGACCAACACCAUUCCACAUGAGAUCCAGAAACUUCAGUGCCCUAAGAUAAAGACAGUGGACAUCAGCAUGAUUCUGUCUGAAGCCAUUCGCCGGAUCCACAACGGAGAAUCCAUGUCCUACCUGUUCCGUAAUAUAGGCUUGGAUGAUUAACAAGGCCAACUAUCUAACAUGUGCAAAGAGGUCAAGAUUUUUCAGUCAGUUAAAGCUAUAGCAUGUGUCAUUAACAUUUUCGCCAAUCAAAUCCAUCAUACAUUGUUUUAUGUGUAAUACGUUGAAAUAAUAAUUGUGUUCUCAAAUGGCCACCAAACAAGCACUGAGCUGUCACAUGAGUCUGGUGUUCCUGACACUUGACCUCUUGAUGACCUCUCAUUUUAAUUUUAAAUGACAUCAUUCUUUUUAUCUACUGUAGUUUAUUCAUUGAAGGAGGGUGAGCACUGCUGUAUGGUCAACAAUAUGUUAACCAUGUAUGAGAGAUGAAUGCUGUUACAUAUCAUGUCAGUGCCUCAUCUGUGUUAUUCUUGUGCCACUAGAUGUUUGUGUGUAGCUGUGUGGAAAAUGCUGACAGCGCUUAUAUUUAAUUCAGAUUUUUAUUUAAAGGUAAAUCAAAUGCAAGGUACAUUCAUAGUCUUCAACUUAAAAUUGCACUUAAAAUUCCUAGUUAGGGUAGAAGCUAAAGCUUCAUAAUGUACUUGACUGAAUGCUUCUCCUGCUUCUAAUAUAUUAAAAUCAUUAGCUUUUUUCGUUUUGCCAUUAAUGGGACUACAGAAGAGUUCUUUCCUCAUAAAUGUUUGUUUAUGGCUGCCAGAAUCCUUAAAUAUCUUGCCUAUGAGAACUUCUUCGUUUUCAAGUGAAGUGCAGGGUUUUUGUUAUGUAACUAAUAUUUCAGGCUUUUAUAUUUAUUCACUUGAUGCACUUGAUGACAAUAAAUAAAAGUGAAAGAGUUUUAUGUAUGUAUGUUAUAGAUCCCUUUAUUGAGUCUGGCAGGUUUUAUAAAUUAACAAAGUGUUUGGACUUUGUUGUACAAUUCGAAGCCAGAGUUCAGAAACGUGCUUAUUUUAAAGAUGUUGAACUGUUCACUGCUCUUCAGCUUAUUUUAAAAUGCAUCUAUAUGAUUUGCCAGCAAAGGUCACUCAUCAUUUCCCUUUACACAUUUCUUAAUGCCAAACAAGUCUGGCAAAUGCAUAAAUGACUUGCAUGAUGCUGAAAUGAUUAGUUGUUCAUCCUGUUCUCAUCUGCUUUUGUCAAACAGAAUAAUAAAAGGGUGUGUUUUUGAAAAAAAAAUCACAGCUUUGUAUUUUAAAUAUUUUCUACAGGUUUGUUUUCAUACUUUCCCAUUUCAUCAGAUAUACACUAUAGCUUGUUCUUGUUUAGGUCAACCUUAGAUUUCUUUGAUCCAGCUAUAAUCAUAAGUAGCCAGACAGUUUCAUAGGGAAGUAACAAAUCCUUGUGUUCUCUACACAUUGUUACUGAAAUCCAAAAGUGUCAAAGUUACAACAGUAACAAAAGCCACACAAUGCAUAAGCAUGCAUUGUUUCUCGGUUUGUAUUUUUUGGAUACAUGAGUUCCUCCCAUCACUCUGUAGUCGUCAAUACUGGAAUUGUGUAAUGGGAAGUACAUGUUAAACUGGCUGCAACGCAGAAUAAUCACAAACAAUUACAAACAGUCUCAGGUUGGGUGUGAGAUAUAGUGGCGUUGAAUUUAUUGUUGGGCCUUUUAGCUAAGUGUCGGAAUUUGCUUGCUGCUACUGAUAUGACUUGUAUUUGCAUGCUGCUAUGUAAUAAAACUGAUGUUGACAUUUGGGUGACUAAUCUUACUUCCAUGUAAAACACAGCAACGCUUGCUGUAAACCUUUUGAUGUUUCACAGGAGUUGCAUGAGAUCAUGGUGCAUUGUGUGGUGUACAUGUACCCUCCAGAUCCCUACACUCUGCAAACGAACAACGUCUUGUAUGCCAUCGCAAAACGGGAAACAAUCACGUACCUUCUCUGGAUCGGUUCCACAUUUGUGGAACGAUCUGCCCACUGCUCCAAGAUCAGCAGAUUCUGUAGCCAUAAGAAUCGGCUGAAAACACAUCUCUUCUGUUAGCACCUGACCGAUUAGUUCUGACUUCUAUCACUUUUCUACUCUUUCUAUCCUUAAAAAAAUGCUUUGCUUUGUAUACUGUGAUAUGAGACCAGUUUUUACUUCACUUAUGCUUUUUGUUGUCCUGUUGUUCCAAUUGCUUCUAUUGUCUACCUCAUUUGUAAGUCGCUUUGGACAAAAGCGUCUGCUUAAUGGAAAUGUAUUA